UUGCCUCUCACUCAGUUCGUCUUUCCCCGCUACAAACUUACGGCCAUCGCCGCCUCUGAUCUCGAAAUGGCGAUCAUAGACACGCUGCCUGCCGUCAACGUCUCGGUGAGACUUCGGACAUCUUUUCGAGAUGCUCUUGAGUACCCUGAUCCGUACGCGUACCAGCGGCGAGAGAGAUAUCUAGAUGAUUUCGAACGCUGCUCACGCAACUACAUUGAGAGCCAGAACGGAGUCGAGUUCGCCAUCCACAUUGACGUCGUGGACCACCCCUCCUUGGACCCGUGGGUCUACGGUGACUUUGGUCUCGUCUUCUUUCUUCUCAUUGACGGUCAAUUCAUGGGAAAGCGCUUCUGUCACAGUGAUGACUUCUUCCAACGUCACUGGCACUUUGCCUUCAAGGGAAAGAGGCACCCGAAUGAUGCUCGCUCAGCAAUGGUACAGAGAGAUUUCAGCUUCGCAUCCAUCACCACACUAGAAGAAGACGCUUCCAACCAGGAGAUCCGUCGUGCUCGAGACCUCGGCACCAUCGAGGAACCGCGGUACGACACGUUUGAGAUCCCGGAAGAGGCCUUGAAGGGACGCCCCAUUUCCCAUGGCACUUCGCAAGUACUCCUCAAAGUCGUCGUUCGCUGCUAUCUGCUGACGGUAGCUCUGGUCAGCCUCGCCCGAGCUUACGAGGCCCCCUUGCGCCCUCCGCGCCGAGACCAGAGAGCAGCUUUCGAGAAGGUCCACACCGGUCCGUUGCUUGCCACGUACACGUUCAAGUAUCGGUCUUCAGAAGCGCUGCGAAUCGAAGAGAUCGUCCCCAGAACACCCAGUCCAGAGCCUAUGGGUGUCGACACUGAGGAACCCGCCUUUCCUGGAUUUGAGGAGCUGCAAGAUGAGCAGAUCGAGCGGCUUGCACGAGAGCGACUCAGACAGUUGAAGGAUGAGGCACUUCAGGCGCAGGUAUCGUCCAAGAAGCGCAGUUACGAUGAUUUCUGUGACCUCACGCAGGAUGAUGAUGAUUUACCGGCCCGCCCAUACAAAGUCGUCAAGCUGAGAACAGGACAUGAGGUCAUCGAUCUCACAGGCGAUGACUAG